AUGGGCUUUCUGUUAUUUGUUGUUAUUGAUAAGACUAUGAGGGUUUUUAGUGGCCAAAAUGGACAUAGUCAUGGUCAUGAUCAUAGCCAUGCUCACGACCAUUGCCAUAGCCAAAAGAGCAAGCAUGAAAAAGAAUCAGAACAAACCUUGGAAAAUAUUGCAAUUGCUUCGGGUAGCAAGAAGUCAAGCUCUAUAUCAUCGAUUAAAAAGAGAAAUAAAAGUGAAACAGAUGAGUCCAAAAAAAGGGAUCAAACUUUUGAAGAAGAGGCUAGGCAUAGAGAGUCAGCGGUGUCUAAUCCAAGCACUUCGGCAACAUUAUCUGCUUAUUUAAACAUGAUAGCUGACUUUUCACACAAUAUCACAGAUGGACUCGCUAUGUCAGCAUCAUUCUACGUUGGCCAAAAUAUUGGUGCUUCGAAUUGCUUUGCAAUGUUCUGGCAUGAGGCUCCACAUCAAGUUGGUGAUUUUGUUCUUCUGUUACAGGGAGGCUUUAGUAAAAAGAAAGCGUUAAAGGCUCAGUUUGUCACAGUGUUUGGUGCCUACCUUGGGACUAUGAUUGGGAUCGCCUUGAACUCUUUUGCAUUACCAUUUGCGACUAACGCUGAAACUGCGCGGGCGUCUGUUGCGCCUGGUAUAUUUGGUUCCAAUGUGAUGAUCAGUGAUCUCAUGCUGCCAUUUUCAACUGGCGCUUUUCUCUACAUUGCCACUGUGGGCAUUCUUCCGGAAGUCCUUCAUAGUGAAGAGGAUGUAAAUACUACUAAAAUGGGGCAUGCCGUUAAAUGCAUAUUUCAACUUGUUUCUGCAUUAGGUGGUUUAUAUAUAAUGUUCAUAUUGUCGUAA